GCUGUCCAUUUCUCGACACCCUCAUUGACAUCCUGUCCAAGGCAAAACUUGGUAUGUUUUUUGAGCCGAAUACUCGGGGAAUGUGCCAGUGAAAAGAAUCACAGAUGGGAUUUAUAUAAUGGAUAACAUACUGAACAAAUAAGAUGACUGGUUUUGCAUCAUGUCCAGGCAUUGUUAUUAUCACUUUCAUCACAUCUUUAAUCUUUAUCACCAGCACAGCAGAGAUAUGGAAUAACGAAGUUUCAGAUGUUCAGUAUGGAAAACUAGGAUCCAAUGUAACUCUUGUGUGCAGCGAAUCCAGAAAUGGCUCUGCAGUGGAAUGGAGGCUGAAUGGCACUUUGCUAAUGUUUGCACAUGUCAUCUUGGAAAAUGGCAAUCUCAUCUUGACCAAUACAGAUUCUACAAUGGAAGGCAACUAUAGCUGUCACAACAAGAAGAAUCAGCUUCUGAAGGCCAUAUUCCUAAGACUGGGAAAUGCUCCAGGACUUCUCCAUGUUCAGUGCAGAGCAUCCAAUCAUUACAGUAUUACCUGUUUCUGGAAGCAACAUAUAAAGACUCUUCUGCCCACAAAAUACAUCACCACUUUCAGUGACGCCAUAAACACAUUUGAGACAUGCCACCAGGAACCUCUAGAAAUCAAUGUAUGCACAAUAAAAAACCCAAACUCCUGGCAUCCUUCUCAUCUUGUCAAUAUCACAGAGAUCAAUCCACUUGGAGCAAGCUUCACUUUAUUUAGAAUACAGUUUCUAGACAUUGUGAAGCCUGAUCCCCCUGAAUUCAUCACAACAGAGCCCAUCCCAAAUUACCCCAAACGACUAAGGGUGUUGUGGAAGUACCCAGCCUCCUGGCCUGAAGAAGAUCAUUUUCGCCUUAAAUUCCAGCUUGAAUACAAGCCACUGAUGUUGAGUUCCUGGUCUGUGGUGGAAACUACGAAGAGGGAAGAAACACUGAAAGAUGUGCUUGCUGGCCAUAUUCAUGUAAUCCGAGUAAGAGCUAAGGAUUUCUUAGAUGCUGGAAACUGGAGCGAUUGGAGUCCUGAAAUAACUGCUCAAGCUUGGAUUGCUGAACCAUUUUCUGAACCGACUUCACAGCCUGUGGAUUAUGAAAGUAUAAACACAAAGCAAGAAACAUCAGAUCUUUCAUCUACUUCACAAGCAAAAGUGUCAAACAAUGAACAGUAUGAAAAUGUAGCCCUACUGGUGUCACUUGGAUCCUUUGCAGGUGUAAUUUUGGCGCUUUUGGCAUUCUUUGCAGUUCUUGUCUGGUCAAAACACAAAGGAAAGAAGGAGGCGACAAAACAAGAAAUUACCUCAAUGAUGAAGAUGAAGUCUUUACAAGUUUAGCAGCUAAAGAGAGAAGAGCUUAUGUGUUCAGAGGUCAAUCCUUCAAGGUAUCUCCACACAGAAUGUCUAGCACUGCCAAGAAAGACAUUUUAACAGCAAAGAGCCUUAAGAAAAAUAUCAUGAAGCUAAUGGCAUGUUUUACAUUAAGUUGUUAUUUGUUGUACAGUAUGUUUAACUCUGACACAUGUUGAGAGCACUUUGACUCAGGUGCUAUGAUUGUUUAAACUUUGCCAGUACCAGCAGUUGACAUAUUAUGUUUGGCUUUCCAUUACUACACCUUUCUUAUGCUGAUAUACACUUUAAACGAUUCACAACACACAUCAUUACCACACUACUUCCAGUAUGACAAAACAGGUUUAACAACAGUAAAGAUCAGAACAGUGGAAUAGUUUAAUUUUGGGACAACUUACCUGUCAGGAUGAAAUAACAUACAAAGUAAUUUUAUGAUCAGGACAAUUAAGUACCCACUUUAAAAUGUAUGAAUGAAGCAAAUUGUUUAGCCUGACAUUAUUGAAUGUUUAAAUACGAGCACACACAGAAUACCUUACACAAAGAAUAACAUAUACUGUACCCUUAUCGGUUAAGACGAAAAUGUUCUUUAAAAUUUUGCAUUUUUUAAAACACAUUGUCUAAUUUAGAGACUUAUGAAUAGAAUACCAAUUUAAUGUCAUGGCUGAAACUUGAAAAAGCAAAUGGACACUAAAACAUUUAAAAUUGAGUUUUAUAUUUCUGGAAAUCAAUGAAUUUUAGGUUGCACAGAUUUUCUUUUUUUUGUCUUUGUUUACUACCAAAAAUAUACAUUCCUUUAUAUAACAACCAAACCCCCCCCCCCCCCCACCAAAAAAAAAACCUGAUAUAACUUGUUCUUAGUCAUGAUUCUAAGUGUACUGUAUUGUGUAAGGAUGUGCACUGGGAAUUCUCAUUUUUCUUUCCCAUGUCAAGCUAACGUCACAAUAUGCAAGCAUGUUACCUCACCUCAGACCUGAGAAAUAUGGUGUAGUCCCUACUUCCUAAUUUGUAAAAAUGUCUCACUCACUGUUCCAUUGUUGCCGGUCAUCUGUUGCAAAAUUUGAAUGUAAAUAUUGAAUAAGAAAAUGCUGUUUAGGCCCAUGUAGCUUUCCAGUUUGUAUUGGUUUUACUAAGAUAGCUUAAAGACUUAAAAACCUCUAAGUCAUCAGAUUUUAUUUAAAAAUUCUCUUUGUUCUUCAUAAACAUGCCAUCAUGUUUAGAUGAUUAUAAUGUGUAUAAGAGUUUGGUUUUUAGUUUUUAAUGCAUGCUACAGAAAAACCGGGAAAAAAAAUGAGGCACCUCAAUAAUACACACGUGUAGAAUGUGCAUUGUGAACUGCUCCUGUCUAAUUAACAAAAAUAUUUAUUUGCAGUACUAUUAAGUGUUUAUAAUAUUACACUUAACAGAUUUGGCUGAAAAAGCAGCCAAUGAGUUUUUAUUUUAUUUUUUUUAUCAAUAGUGUCUGUACACACUCUGUAUAUCCUGUGUAUAAGGGAUGGGUUGAACACUUUCUAGUGUUCACAGGUGGUAUACUGUAUCAAAAAAACAAAAUCAAACUUCAGUUCUUGCCAUAAAAUUUGUGUCUAACCGAUGAAUGGCAGGAAGGUUGGUUCUUGUGAAAAGAGUAUUGUCUGCACUGUUAGUGCAAUGUUCAAAACACAAACAGAAAGGAAAAUCAUUAAAAAAAAAUAUCCAUUCAGUAUCAGAUCACGGUUUAUGAGGAUAACCAUCAUUCUGCUACAAAAGUGAUGGUGUCAGGUGGAAGUUGCAGAACCAGAACUUUUCUACAAAUAUUAACUGUUAGAUGUUCACAGCAAAUAGCAAUAUAUUUCGAAUCACAGGGAGUGCAGCCAAAUUUUUUAUUUAGUAUUUUGAGUUCUAAGCAGGUGCUAUUUAUUGAUCCAUUUAUAAUCAUAAUACACUAUAUAUAUAUAUAUAUAUAUAUAUAUAUAUAUAUAUAUAUAUAAUUAUAUGGAACAUUACUGCUGUAUUACAAUCUAUAUUUACUUAUGCAAAUAUUUAGUCUAAUCCAUGUAUAAUCCAUGUACAGUUGGGAUUACAGGGCAUUAUGUACAGGUUAGUAAGGAGUUAACUAUAAAACAAAAAAGAGAGUAUCUUCAGAUUAUAAAAAAAAUAUUUAGCAAAUCACCACAACAGGGUGCCAGAAGGUUUCUUAGUAUGUUAGUGUCAUUUGCACAGACAUCAAACAUUCAGUUUUUGAAGAUCAAUUCAUUGGUUACCCCACAUUUUGAAAAGAUAGGAGUUGCUUCACUGUGAUUAAACAAAGAAGUAAUACUGAAGGAACAUUUUCCAGUCAUUCCCCAAGGCAGAGGACAAGCGGUAGAGUACUGAAUACAUAAACAGAAACUGGAGUUAUGUUUGAUUCUUUAAUCAGAUCAUUUUGAGAGUCACACCCUUGUAAGACUGCGUUCAAACAAACUGAGCAUCAGGUGAAACCCUGCAAAGUGCUGUAGGACUUGUAUUGCUGUUCGAGUGGGGACAAAUGUGGCUGUAACAUUACAGAUAAAAGGAACUUUUUCAGUUGAAGGUGCAUAGCCUUACGUUACUGCUUAUUGGUACGCACAAUCGUUUAUGUCUGUCUCCAUCCAGACAUGCCAGUGGGAUUAAAAUUAGUCUGAAUAGUAAAAACCUGUUAUUGCAGUUAGUUUAUUAAAGUUUGUUGUUUACUCAAACUAUACAAAAUGUUUUCCAGUUGGCAGAGUUAUUUUCUUCAAGUUACAUAUUUAAAAGUUAAUGUUACUUUGGGAUCUGUAGGAGCAACUGUAAUGAAGUUGUUAUAACGAUUAGUUGGUAGAGAAUUAUAUGAAUUUCUAUAUAAAACCAGCCCAUUAAUUUCAUGUAGUACUUAAUAAAGAUGUACUGUAUAUCUGGGCUGUGCAUGGAUGAUUUAAGUUUAAAUUUGGAUCACCUGUAGGGUGGUAUCACACUUAGGCUAAGGAUUAAUUUGCACAGUGUUUUAAAAGUAUUUUUCUAUAUCAGUUUCAAACUCACUUAAUCCAAUUCAGAGCUGUGGAUCUGUUAUUCUAAUUAUACAUAAAAAUGAAUUGUGCAUAACUGAGUUUCCAAAUAGUAAAGACUAACAGGAGCUCCACAAUGACAAGACAUAUAUAAAGAGUGUUUCCAGUAUCAUUUUUUUAUGAUGAAGGCUAGAUUGGUGUUUUGUUUUUUUUAAUGGAUGGAGGAAACUGUCCCAGGUGAACAGAUAUUUUAUACUCAGGCUUACUUAAGUAAAAUUAGUUUUUAACCCAUGUAACAUUAGACUUAACCUGAAAUUUCAUUUCUGGGUAGAAAGGCAAACAGCUUAUAUAGAUAUGAUUUAAAAAAGCUUGUAUGUGUUUUUGUUAAUGGUUAUGACACAAGUACACACUGCAAAUAUAGACUCUGUAUUCUUACGUGUCAAUAAUCUAUACACGAGUAUGCAAGAAAAAAAAGAAGCAAUAAUUUAAACAUUAAUGAAUAAAGCUGAUGAGCUACACCAGAAUUGACAGACCUGCCUCAUAGCUUGAGGAACACACAUCAGAUAUAGGCAAGGACACUAUUUGGAAUUUAUUUGUUCUCCUGCAUCUACAUAAAUGGAUGGGUUACACACCCCAAAUACAUUUAAUUUAGGAUAAUCAGCAGCUAUAAAUUAGCCUGUUGUGAAUCCUUGUGGAUGUGCGAGUGUGCUGUGUUAAUAGCUUGCACCUCAUAUGGGAAUAUUCCCUACCUUGCAUUUGAUGCUGUUGGUUAAUUGUGGGUCUGUAUCUGAAUAUCAGGCAAUUAUUUUACAUUUGUGGAGAAAAGUGUCUGACCAGAGACAAGUAAAAGCACUGUUUCUAAUUUAGUGAAGAGAUGGACAGAAACUAAUUUGUGGCAGACAAUGAACCCAUUUUUUCCUUUGCAGUGUGUAGUUACAAUACAACAGAACAUAGCAGCAUUGCAGUUCUAGGAUCAAUAAGACGUCUUUCACCCCUGCUAGUUGAUUAAUUUGUCAAUAAGUCUUAUACAAUGCAUGUUUGGAAUAUUUUGUUGUGGGAUGAUGGCAGUUCCAACAUCUCCAGGAACAGGGAGUACUGUACUUUAAUAGUUAAAAAAAGCACAAACCAUACAGUACUAUCUAUUUAAUUUAUCAGUGUAACAGAUGUUACUGCUGGUUAUACAUUCCCACUAUAAACAUUACACCUUAAUGACAGAUUAAACAGAUACAGGCUACAUUUUAGGGUACCUCCAUAUAAAGUAUAUGUUAUAUCAUUCACAUAUUUAUUAAUUCAUUUGUUUAUUUACCAGACCUGCUUACUUUAACUCCUGGAAAAAGUAUGUAUUUACUGACAGCAUAUUGACAAAAAUGUAUCAUCUUUUUAAAAGUAAAUUGUCAAAAUAUUCAUAGCCGAACUUUAUUUAAGUGUGUUUUUAACUUGGCACCGUCCAAUAAAUGUUGCCUCCCUUGAGGCUGUUUUCUGUGUACUUGGCAGUCUCAGUUAGGCCCUUUUGUUUCCUUACUCCUUUUAUGGUUCAAAGCAACGUUGCCCUUUUUCUGUUCUCUGCAUUCAUGUUGUGUGUUUUGUCCAAAUUUUUCAUGAACCCUAAACACUGAAUCAUAGUGGGGGGUUUACUUAGUGUAUAUAGCUAGAACAACCAGACAUAGAUAGACACAUUGUUUAAAUGAAAUGCUCAUUCUUCAGAAUGUAUUCUGGUCAAGCUCAUUUUGAGGCUUCCUGAUCUACCACAGACCAUGUUGGUUUAUCUUUCUGUUAUGUUCAUAGCUGAGCAUAAGAGUGAAAUUUAAAUAUUUUAUUUUUUCAACUGAUAAAGUAAAUGUAGCUUAAUUGCAUAGCAGACAUGUUUAUAAAUUUGUACAUAUCUAAACAAAAGUGCAUGUAUGUUGGGAAUAUACCUUCCAGUUAAUGUUUUAUAGAUGCUAGUAUAACAAGAUUGUUUUCACUCGUGGCAUUCUGGCAGAUGUGUAUUUUAAAGUGUUCGAAUUGAAUUCCUUUCUUAAUGUCAACUUUUUUACAUGGAGAAUGGUUAUUUUUUGUACGAGACCUUUUUUUUAAUUUUCAAGCAUCUCCAAAUGCAGGAAAUAGUGCCCUCCAAAAGAUAAUUGUUAUCAUAGUGUUUGGUGUGGAAAGUGGAUUACAGAUGGAGGCCAUAUUUUAAAGGCAUUGAAAUUAUGCUUCUCUUUCAAAUGGUCUUAGCUUAUAGGUGUAUUUGUCUUAUUAAGGAUGAGGCAUACUCCUUCCUAAAUGUUGUUUUUUAUUCCAUCUGUAUUUCUCUCUCCAUGUUAAAUGUAUUGGGCUGUUAUAGUGAGCCCAAGUGUUGUCCUGUUGUUUUCUUUAUAUUUUUUGAAUGCCAUUCGAUCAGAUCAGUAUUUCUUGCUGGAAUAGGUUUCUUCUGUAAUGUUUUACAGAAGAGUGCAAAAUUAGUAAGGGGAAUAAAAGAAUUUUGUCCUUCCCCUAUUCUUUAACAUAUUAUUCUGAAAAUGUUAAAAAAAAACAAAAAUACUGGCUCCUUGUUGUUCUUUCUUGUUACACUUCUGUGAUUAAGCUUUUCUUCUUGACUGUAUUUUGCUGCUAUUUCAUACACUUUGAUGUGAGAUUUCUUUUUAGGCUGCUGCCAAUCAUUUCAGAUGAACAAUAGAAGGUACAAAAAAAAAACACUACAGAAAUUAGCGAGUUGGAGUUGUUACAUAGGUAUGGGUCAGACAUUAGAAAGCAACUGAAUUUCAUAUAGAAAACGGAAUAAUGCAAUCAGAGGUAUUACAAGACUAUGGAAAACACAGCACUGUGCGUCAGAUCAUUGCAAGUCUGACAAAUGCACAAUGGCACACUGUGCUAUUCAACUUUCUUUUAUUACAAUGAUGAUGACCCUUGAGAUCAGCUGCAUGUGAAUACUGUUAAUUCUAAUUUGUCAAAAGGUAAUUUACAUCCAUAUUUUGUCCUAAAAGGAAAUUAGAUUAAACAAUUAUAUUUCUCUAAGAUGAAUUACUUACUCUUGUAGCUUACAAGUUUUAUUUCAGUUAUAUUGUAAUAGAAUAAUUCUUGAAUGCACUUAAUGUCUUUUCACCAGCAUUCAGCACUUCAUUUUAUUAAAAUAUGAUGUUCUUUUGUUAUGUUGUAGCAAAUCUAUUAUUGAAAUAUGAAUGGUUUCAUAAUUUAAAAGAGUGAUAAAUUGACCACCAUUUGUAAUUGCUUCCCAGCAUAAUUCUGGCUGGAUGGUGUGUGUAUGAGCACCAGAAGUUUUUGAGAAACAAGACCAUUUACAAAUUUCACAGAGCUAUGGUGUACCCUCUGUUCAAACUUCUACACACAAAGCUUUUUUCUCUGUCCCAAAACCAUGCAAGUUAAGAUUAACAUUAAGAUUUAACAUUCACAUAAACAAGAAAUUAGUAAACAAAGAUCUGAUUUUUUGUUUUUAAUCUGACUUGUAGUCAAUUAAUUAAACCAAUGAAAACAACCUGCUAAAAUGUAAUUUUUCAGCAUGAAUUCCCGUAUACCGUCAGAGAAACCUUUUCAUUCUGGCUUAUUUUCAGUCCAUAAAAAGACAGAAGUUGUACUUUUGACCAUGUAACCAAUGACUGUUUGGUUAAUUGUGGUCCAGGGGAAUUCUUUCAGUUGGCCCUGCAGAUGAUUCAGAAAUGACACAUACAGAGACACUUGUAACCAAACUGGUUUAAAGAUGUUUCCUUUUUUAUCCCAAAACUCAGAGAUCAAUUAGUAUAGAUGGCAUUGUCUAACCCAAAGCAGUCAUUCAUAUCUGUGAAUGGCCCUGGCUUGAAAAACUCUGUUCACCCUUAAAAAAGAGAAUUUACAGCAUUCAUCUCUGAACUCACUAACUGAUUCUGAUAACAGCAAAAACACACCACAGCUACAAAGAAAAGAAUAUUCUGAAAAUGUUUGAUCCCACCACACCAAUUACUGCAAUAGCUUCAAUGGCUGCUGGUCUUCCAGUUAACUUGAUUCACAAAUACAAUCAAAUCUGUUGUUUGUGGAGAAUGAUUCAUUUUUGUUUCAAGGUAACUUGACAGUAAUAUGUUGUUGAGUAAAAAGUAGUUGAUUAGCAACUAAAAGGGUUUAAUAAUGACCCUCCAUUAAAAAUUGAUGUCUUUAUGUCUCCAAUAUAGAGACUGGGGUUGAAUAGUUGUCUUUUUUGAAAGAUCCUUCACUUAUGAUAAUUUGUUUUCAUGGGUUUAAAACACCAGGGUAGUGUGGAUCAAAGACAUAAAUAGGCAGUAAUGUCUGCAUUUUUAAAUAAAAAUGUAGUAGUAGUGUGGACACAGCUGAAGUGGGCAUCUGGGUAAAAGUGGAGCAGUCUUGUGACAAGGAGAUAACUGGCAUCAGGGAAAUUCCAUGAAAAUACUUGGAAUUAGUUGUUGACUAAAGGAAAAAUCAAACCGACCUUCUUUAGCUUGCUAUUGCCUCAACCUUCAUCCAAAAAAUAUAUAUAAUUAAUGAAUAGACGGCCAAAUUCCGACUUUUGACUUCACUUCAGUUUGAAGUAUAUGUACAGUUCAUGUUUAAGGUCUCACUUUAGUAAACCCAGAAAACUCUGCUUAUCAUGUUAAACAAUACCACAGCCAGCAGCCAAAGGACCAGCACCAAGGAACACUAGACUAUGUAAUGUUUCUGACAUGUCUUUUGUAAACCUUCUACAGAAAAGCUCUAUAUGCUGGAGUGUUGAGUUUGAUUAGCUGGAAAUAAGAAAUCAGGGUUUUUAAACAUACUGUCAAAGCAAUGUUCAAGUAAUCUAUUUUUCUAUGCUGUAAACUUUUGGUGUUUCUGUUCUCUAACAAUUUUGUAAGGUAAAAUGUCAAUAACUGCAUUUUGUUUUUAUCAAUGCAGUGAUGAAAAUACUGUACUUAAGUACUCCUUUAAAAGAAAAUCUGCUAGUCUGAAUAAAAUCUUCACUUUGUCCAACUGUAUUGUGUUUUUGUAUCAUCUGACUGAUUGAAAAUGUAAUGUUACAGUUGCUAACUGAACAGCAUAAAAAGAAAUGGCACUUACUGUAUAUUGCAUCAUAUGCAAAAAUAUGCAACGAAUAAGCUGAUUAUUGUUACUUUGGACUAUCUGUAUGUUCAUCAAAUAAAAGUUAUUUGAAUUCACAGAA